AACAAGCCCGCUAUUGAUUCAUCGAAGAAGAAUCGAAGAUAUUUUCAGCGAUUUUCGUUCGCGCUCAACUGAGAGUAGUUAAUCACUUAAUCUGAACUCAAAUCGCGGUUUCCAAUAAUCGAUUCCUGCGAAUUCAACCAAUCUUCACCGAAUUUUCCUCUUCUUCGAAACCGUUAGGGUUCUUCGUUUCUCGCUGUGUGGAAUGUAGCUUGUUCAACAAUGGAUGAAGUAGCAGCGAAUUUGAACAGAACCAUGGAGCAGCAGCAGAAGAAUGACGACGGCAACGGUGGUGGGGGUGGUGGUCGUUCUGCUGAGGUGGUUAGGUGUGACACGUUUCUACCACAAGUGGAGCUCACAAUCCUCCUCGUCGAACCCGAUCAUUCAACUCGCCAUAUCAUUUCCGCACUUCUCAGAAAAUGCAGUUACAGAGUUGUUACGGUUUCUAACGGAUUAAAGGCAUGGGAAGCGUUGAAGAGUAAGGGACCUGAGAUAGAUCUCAUAUUGACAGAAUUGGAGUUGCCAGAAAUAUCUGGAUUUGCUCUACUUUCUAUGAUCAUGGAGCAUGAUGUGUGCAAAAACAUUCCUGUGAUAAUGAUGUCUUCUCAGGAUUCAGUUAGCAUGGUGUUGAAAUGCAUGUUAAAAGGUGCAGCUGAUUUUCUUAUCAAACCAGUUAGGAAAAAUGAGCUUACCAAUUUGUGGCAGCAUGUAUGGAGAAGAAAGGCUGUUAGCAGCGUUCCUCAAAAUACAGCAUUUCCGCAGGCGUGCAAUCAAUCGGGUGGCACUGUGAAUUCCUCAAAGAAAAAUAGUGAAUGCAGUGAGAAAUUGAGUGAGGGUAAAAGCACAUGUACAUCAACAUUUGUGGAAGCUGAAAGUGCAGGAAUGGAAAAUAUGCAGGAUCCGUCUCAGUUGAAUAUAUCUUCAAAAUCGAGCAACGUUGAUGUGGAGAAGCAUGAAAAGUUUACCAAAUUUGAAAGGGAGUCAACUAAGCAUGAUGAUGAAACAGAAGAAAAAUCAGUUAUGUUUGCAUCAGAGACUGCAAGGUGCAACAGAACUUCUAAAUCGACAUAUUUAAAGCUAGAGCAAGAUGAUGAUUCUGCUGAAUUUGAAAACCAGGAUAAAAUUUUCAGAGAUGAGUUAAGCAAAGACAAUCCUAAUAUUGACACCGAGAUACAUGGGUGGAGUCAUGAGCUGGUAGAGCCUUCUAGAGGAGAUAUUAACUUUAUUGCCACAGUUGAAAAUCCUCCAAAGCACAAAAGUGAAAACUGUUGUCUUGAUGGUGGUAACAUGACCAAGUUUGAUUCUGAUACACAAUUGAAGCUUUCUUUAAGAAGAGAUUUUCCCGACAGCUCAUGUGAAAAACAAAGUGAAGCAACUGGAGAAUGGCAAAGAUUAAACCAUUCAAAUGCUUCUGCCUUUUCUCGGUAUAAUGGCAGUAAGUUGUUGCAGUCUCCUUUUUCAACACCACUGGUUACAUCUGCCAAAGUAAAUGCAAAUUGUGAUUCUCAUAAGUCUUAUAAAUUAGCUGCAAUUACUGCUGAUAAUAGUUGUUUGAAUGGUGGCUCAAAUCAAAGUCAAGAGAAUAUGAUCACUAAUGUCUAUAAUUCUGUGUUCCAUGCACAAUCUGCUGUUCAUCCCAUAUGGAAACCGAAACCAGUUUGCCAAAAGGAAAGUUCUCCCUUUCCCUCAAGUAUCUCUUCCCAAUCCAAUCAAAGUCACAACUCAAGCCAAAAUAAUUACUGUCCAGAUGAUGCUAACUUCACUUCUCUUAAUCAAAAUGUACAUGAUGAAAUUAACAUGGAUCAUACAAGACAUGAUUUUCCUGCAAUGAGUCAGUGUGCUAAUGAUUUAUGCCCAGAUACGGCAAAUCAUAUAAACAGUAGUACAUAUGGAAGUGGAGAUGAUGGAAAUUCUACUUCAGCUGUAGUAUCUAAGAACAACCCUGAAAGUUUUAGUGAUGGUGGUUCUGAAAGUUUUAGUAAUGGUGGUUGCUAUACUCAUGGUGGAUUUAGAUUGAUUGAUGCUCAUCGCUCCAGUCAUAGAGAAGCAGCUCUUACAAAGUAUCUACUGAAGCGGAAAGAGAGAUGUUAUGUGAAAAAGGUUCGAUAUCAAAGUCGGAAAAAAUUUGCAGAGCAGCGCCCUCGGGUAAAGGGACAAUUUGUAUGCCAAGUAUCUGAUGAUAAUCCGGCCACUGAUGCUGGUGGUGAUUCAUGAAACUUGUUCUUUCUAAAUUAGUAGUAAGUAAUAGCUGACUUUAGCAUUGAUUCGCAUUAAUAUUGAUUAGAUGUAGGGUGGAGUGUGUAUGGGGUGGUAUCUGUUUUUCUUUAGGCAUUAGUUAAUGUCACUAAGGAGAUAGAAGAGUAGUGUAAACAUUCCAAUGUUUAUCUGUCUUUUUAUUUUCAAAUGCCAGCUUGUAAAUUUAGGAUUGUAAUUAUGUAGUGGAAUACUUGUGAAGUUUUGGUUUUACCCAUGUAUAUGCUAUAUUUAUUAAUUAUGUUGAAUAUUAAUAUUCUCUUGCUGAUUCGUUA